CAACCAGAUUGAGCCAUGGCGCUAGCUCGAGAGCUAAUGGGCUCGUCUCUAAUGGAGAAAUCGCCGUUUCUCGCUUCAGCUUCUUCAACGAGGCUGCUUCUGAGCCAGAAACGGAGCCGGUCCUUUCUGCCCUUGGAGGGGAGGAAGGUACAAGUGGCGAUACGGAAGAGUACAACAACCCCUGUUGCGGCGAUCAGCGAGGAUCUGGAUUUGGUGAAAGUGGUGCCGGAAAAGGCCGUGAAGUUCAAAGUCAGGGCGGUUUUGACUGUUAGGAACAAGAAUAAGGAGGAUUUUAAGGAGACUUUGGUCAAACAUUUGGAUGCUUUCACUGACAGGAUUGGGAGAAAUGUUGUUUUGGAGCUCAUCAGCACUGAUUUUGAUCCAAAAACAAAAUCUCCAAAGAAGAGCAGAGAAGCUGUGUUGAAGGACUGGUCAAAGAAGUCAAACCUCAAAACUGAGAAAGUGAAUUACACAGCAGAGUUUGAGGUGGAUUCAAAUUUUGGGAUUCCUGGUGCAAUUACAGUUGCCAAUAAGCACCAAAAGGAGUUCUUUUUGGAGAGUAUUAUGGUUGAAGGAUUUGCAUGUGGCCCUGUUAAUUUCCCCUGCAAUUCUUGGGUUCAGCCCAAGAAAGAUCGUUCUGGGAAAAGAAUUUUCUUCACUAAUAAGCCAUAUUUGCCACAUGAAACACCAGAGGGAUUAAAGGCUCUAAGAGAGAAGGAGCUGAGAGAAUUGAGAGGUGAUGGACAAGGUGAAAGAAAACUGUCUGAUAGAGUGUAUGACUUUGAUGUGUACAAUGAUCUCGGCAAUCCCGACAAGGGGAUUGAUUUCGCUCGACCGAUUCUUGGCGGAGAGAAGAUCCCGUAUCCUAGGCGUUGCCGAACAGGGCGCCCUCCCACGGAUACUGAUAUGAACUCUGAGAGCAGAGUAGAGAAGCCACUGCCUACGUAUGUGCCUAGAGACGAGCAAUUUGAGGAGUCGAAGAUGCAUGCCUUUACAACCGGGAGGCUGAAGGCUGUCCUUCAUAACCUCAUACCAUCAUUGAUGGCUAGCAUCUCCGCGAAUAACAAGGAUUUUAAGGGGUUCUCGGACAUCGACAGCUUGUACAGCGAAGGCCUUCUCCUCAAACUCGGUCUACACGAUGAGAUCAUGAACAAGAUCCCACUGCCUAAAGCUGUUAGCACGAUUCAAGAAGGUGGUCUGCUCAAAUAUAACCUUCCAAAGAUUGUAUCAAAGGACAAAUAUGCAUGGUUGAGAGAUGACGAGUUUGCCCGUCAAGCCAUAGCCGGGGUGAACCCUGUUACCAUCGAGAGGCUUCAGUCCUAUCCCCCAGUGAGUAAGCUCGACCCGGAAAUCUAUGGACCUCAAGAAUCAGCUCUCAAAGAAGAACACAUUGCUGGACAGUUGAAUGGCAUGACCAUACAAGAGGCUUUGGAUGCUAGCAAGCUCUUUAUCAUUGAUUACCACGACAUAUACUUGCCAUUCAUCGACAAAAUCAAUGCCCUUGAUGGCCGCAAAACAUAUGCAACGCGGACUGUUUUCUUCUUGACAGAUGCUGGAACCCUCAAGCCCAUAGCUAUAGAGCUCAGCCUCGAACCAAGCUCCCUGAGGCCAAAGCGUGUUGUCACGCCGCCAGUGGACGCCACCAGUUAUUGGAUGUGGCAGCUGGCGAAAUCCCAUGUUUGCUCUAAUGAUGCCGGGGUUCAUCAGCUUGUCAACCAUUGGCUACGAACGCACGCAGCGUUGGAGCCAUUCAUCUUGGCAGCUCAUAGGCAGAUGAGCGCAAUGCACCCGAUUUUCAAGCUCUUGGAUCCUCACAUGAGGUAUACGUUGGAGAUCAACGGGCUGGCUCGUCAGAGCUUGCUCAGCAUGGACGGUGUGAUCGAGUCUUGCUUCACCCCCGGCCGUUACUGUAUGGAAAUUAGUGCGGCUGCCUACUCGAGCGUCUGGCGCUUCGAUCAAGAAAGCCUCCCUGCAGAUCUCAUCAGAAGAGGAAUGGCCGUGCCGGACCCCACGCAGCCGCACGGGCUUAAACUGGUCAUCGAAGACUAUCCAUAUGCGUCGGAUGGGCUGAUGAUAUGGGCCGCUAUCGAGAAUUGGGUCCGAAAUUACGUGAAUCAUUAUUACCCGGACUCAGCCCAAGUCUGCAACGACAAGGAGCUGCAGGCUUGGUACGCCGAGUCCAUCAAUGUGGGCCAUGCCGAUCUGCGUCACGAGGACUGGUGGCCCACAUUAGCCAAUCCCGAGGACUUGAUUUCGAUUCUCACGACCUUAAUAUGGCUCGCGUCAGCCCAACAUGCGGCCCUAAACUUCGGCCAAUACCCUUACGGCGGGUACGUCCCGAACCGGCCGCCGCUCAUGCGUCGGCUCAUCCCCGAGGAGAACGACCCGGAGUACGCGGUUUUCCUCUCGGACCCGCAAAAGUACUUCUUUUGCGCGCUCCCUAGCUUGCUACAAGCUACAAAGUUCAUGGCGGUGGUCGACACUCUGUCGACUCACUCGCCCGAUGAGGAGUACCUCGGCGAGAGGCAGCACCAGUCCAUCUGGUCAUGUGAUGCCGAGGUUAUCGAGGCCUUCUAUGAGUUCUCGGCCGAGAUAGGGCGGAUUGAGAAGGAAAUCAAGAAGCGGAAUUCGAACCCCGGUCUCCGGAACCGGUGCGGCGCCGGAGUCUUGCCGUAUGAGCUACUUGUGCCAAGUUCGGAACCGGGUGUGACAUGUAGAGGUGUACCUAAUAGUGUGUCCAUUUAAGUUGACAAUAAUACUUAAAUUAGGUUUAUAUGUAUGUAUGUAUGUAUGUAUGCCUAAUAUAAUGUUGUAAUGAUCAUUAGUUCAAAUUAGGUUUAAAUGUGUAAUUUAUCAAAA